AUGAUUCCUGCCCUUCAGCACUCGCGUAUUUGCCAGCUGCCGUUCACAGCAAGCUUCACCGCCACUGAGGUGGCCGGCCUCCAUCUGGCUGCAGACCUGCUGGCGGAGGACCGCCCGGAUUCUCCGGCUGUGAUCUUCUCCGACUCGCGAACGGUGACCCUGGCGCUUCCUCGACCGGAGACUGCCGGCCUUGGUGUGGCCCUGCUGGCGGUAAAGCUUCGAACCCUUGUUUCAAGUGGCUUGAACCUGUCGCUGCAGUGGCUCGCCUCUCAUGUCGGCGUCCAGGGCAACGAGGAGGCUGACGCCCUGGCAAAGGCCGCACUCCAUGCUACAGUAACAGUCAGCACCACUGUAACUGCCUUUGACUAUGCAAGGCACACCUUGCAGUGGCGCAUAAUGGAGCUCCACCCGGAUCGGCGCGUCGCCAGCGGUCGCCCUCCUCGACCACUUCCUGAUCGCAGCCUCACAAGGCAGGAAUGGUCUCUCCUGCUGCGCCUCCGGAUCGGCUGCUCCUGGACGGCUUCCCGAAAGUACAGCAAAGGCCUGGCUCCAUCCCCGGCCUGCUCAGCGCGCGGAGAGGAGGAAACAAUCGACCAUCUACUUUGUUUCUGCCCCGCCUUCUCCUGUGAAAGGGCUUCUCUACGUGCCAUUCCGACGCCUAGGACUCCCUACGGACUCAGCAUCGCAGCUGCUCUUUCCCGGCCGGAACCACGGCUCCGCCUUCAGGCACCUUCUCACAUUCCUGGAAGACACGGAUCUGUCUUACAAAUUGUGAAUGCGCCGCCUGGCGACCCCUGA